CCUGCUGGCUAAGUGACUCCUGAAAAACGCUCACAACCCAGAGCUGCCCAGAUAGACUGAGAAGCUGCUUCAUCCCAAAGGGAUCUAGGAUCACCAAGGAGUCUCCCGGGACAUCCCAGCUCCUGCUGGCAGCAAACUGUUUUCUCCUGUUCUGCUCUUGUUUUCCUGGCAGUGUAGUGGGGUUGGAUUUAGUUAUUUAUUUAUAUGUUUAUGAAAUGUCCUGUAAAACAAGGCUUUUAGCAAUCUUAUAUAUAUAUAUAUAUAUAUAUAUAUAUUUUUAGACUCGGGAACAUUUUGCUGAGCACAGCACAGGUUUGGAACCUGCUGCCUUUUGAUCUUCUCGCCUGUAUCAAUUUAACAGGUCACUCUUUUUUUAUUUUUGAAGCUGGGUAUUUUCUUUCUCAAGCCGUCACCUUUCAGCUUUCCAGGCACUCAGUGGGAAGUGCUGAGAGUUGUUAGCGUUGUUCUGAACAGACAAAACAGGUUGGGUUUAUUUUUUUGAUCACCCUCAACUGAACUUGCUUUAAUUUCUAACCACGUGUUUUUAAAAUACUGAAGUUCUCAGCUGUUUCAGUUUGUAAAAUAUUUUGAUUUUUCAGAAGGGAUCCAGGCCCGAGGUUUUUGUUUGUUUAAAAAAUAUUUGUCCCCCGCUGGUGCGGACACUGUGUGUAGAGACUUCUCUGCAUCCUGCAUUCAAACCAUGAAUUUCGGUUUCUGAAACACUUUGAUUUUCAUACACAAUUUGCUGGUUUUGUUAGUUUAAAUCAUUAUUAUUUGUUCCUCUCUCCCACGGUGAAAUUCCCGUGGUUAAUUGCAGAGGUUUUUUUUACAGCCUUUUGAGGUCUUUCUGCGAUUGUCUGUCUGUGGCCGUAUCUAGGCACGUUCCAAACUGCCCCUGCUUUGCUAGCAGACCUCUCGGGUGGCUGUGUUGGGCCAGCGAGUUACAGCACAGGGCCCCAUUGCAGGCCUAGCUGCUGCUACCAGUUGAUUUGCUUGCGGGGGGAAUAUUGUGGGACUAAGGUUUGUGCGUGCCUGAGGCCGGGGGCGUUGCUCAGAUAGCAGCUGGACUGAUGUCCCAGGUGGGCAGCAUGGAGGUUUUCAUGCCAGAGAUGCUAACGUUCAACCUCUGGGACUAUGGGGUAUUUGGUCUGAUGCUCCUGAUCUCCACGGGGAUCGGGCUUUUCUACGCCCUCUUCAAAGGUGGGCAGAAGACCAGUGACGACUUCUUCACCGGGGGGCGCCAGAUGUCAGCCGUGCCUGUGGGGCUCUCGCUCUCCGCCAGCUUCAUGUCAGCCAUCCAGGUGCUGGGUGUGCCCGCGGAGGCCUACCGCUAUGGCAUGAAGUUCCUGUGGAUGUGCCUGGGGCAGAUACUCAACACCCUGCUGACCGCCUACCUCUUCCUGCCCGUCUUCUACCGCCUGGGGCUGACCAGCACCUACGAGUAUCUGGAGCUGAGAUUCAGCAGGAAGGUUCGCCUGUGUGGGACCAUCCAGUACAUCUUUGCCACGAUGCUGUACACAGGGAUCGUCAUCUACGCCCCUGCGCUGAUCCUCAACCAAGUGACCGGGCUGGAUAUCUGGGCGUCUCUUCUUUCCACUGGAGCCAUCUGCACCUUCUACACCACCAUAGGUGGGAUGAAGGCCGUCAUCUGGACAGAUGUGUUCCAGGUGUUGGUGAUGCUCUCUGGAUUCAUCGCCAUCUUGAUCCAGGGGACGCUGCUAGUGGGUAGCCCCAGCACCGCCCUGGAGAUCGCAUCCAACCACUCCAGGAUCAACCUGGCCGACUUCGACCCAGACCCCAGGAGCCGCUACACCUUCUGGACCUUCACCUUUGGGGGCACCAUGGUGUGGCUCUCCAUGUACGGUGUGAACCAGGCCCAGGUCCAGCGCUACGUGGCCUGCAAGACGGAGAAUGAGGCAAAACUUGCUCUGCUGGUCAACCAAGUGGGCCUCUUCUUCAUCGUCUCCAGCGCGGUGGGCUGUGGCAUUGUGAUGUUUGUGCUCUACAGGGACUGCGAUCCCCUCCUGGCUGGAUACAUCUCUGCCCCCGACCAGUACAUGCCCUAUAUGGUCCUGGAUAUCUUUGAGAAGUACCCGGGCGUGCCCGGUCUCUUCCUGGCUUGUGCGUACAGCGGGACCCUCAGCACCGCGUCCACCAGCAUCAACGCCAUGGCAGCCGUCACCGUGGAAGACCUGGUCAAGCCCAACAUGCCCUCCCUGUCGCCGCGGAAACUCACCCUCAUCUCCAAGGGACUCUCGUUAAUCUAUGGCACCUCAUGCAUCACGGUGGCUGCCUUGUCUUCACUGCUGGGAGGCGGUGUGCUGCAGGGUUCCUUCACCGUCAUGGGAGUGAUUAGCGGCCCUCUCCUUGGAGCCUUCAUCCUUGGGAUGUUCAUACCCGCCUGCAACACAGUCGGGGUUUUUGCAGGCUUGGGGGCUGGUUUUGUCCUCUCCUUCUGGGUGGCCGUGGGGGGCACUAUCUACCCACCCAGCGAGGACACCAUGGGCGUGCUGCCCUACUCCGGAGAGCUGUGCCCGCUCUACAACGCUACUGAGGGGAUCAACAGCACCAUCGUCCUGGGACCCCUGCCUCCACGGAACAUCACUGCACCCCUGGAGAGGCCGCCCAUUGCCGAUGACUUCUACGCCAUGUCCUACCUCUACUAUGGGGCUUUGGGGACGCUGUCCACUGUGGUGGUGGGGGUGCUGAUAAGUUACCUGACAGGUCCUACCAAGAGGAGCCAGAUGCCCCGGGGAGUGCUCUGGUGGGACAUUAUCAAGGAGACGUCUUUGCCAGAGAGCAGGAAAAACCCCUUUGAGGAUAGUCUGACCAAGGACUCGGAGGACUCCCUCACUCUGCAGAAGAAGCCGUUCAGCUCCUCCACGCUCCUGCUGGCAGGGCUCACGGGCAGUGAGGAGGCCGACCGGGCGCUGCUGGCGAAGCAGGCGGAGGCAGGUGCCCCCUCGCAGUGCGAUUCCGAGGAGUUCCUCUGGCUCUGCCAGCCUGUCGACACCGGCUGCUGCCACCUGCUGCGAGAGACCAAUGUCUAGGGCCGGGCAGCGCCAUGGGGCUGGGCCGACACCGCUGAGCUCUGGCCCAAAGGGGAGACUGCGCUGGGCUCACCCCAGAGCCAGCAGGGGGUGAGGAGAACGAAUCCAGCCCCCGUCUCUGUGAGGGAACAAAGGACAGAGCAGCCUCAGGCUGGCCAACCCGCUCCACAUUCCCCCACCAGGAC